CUUUUUUUAUUUUUUUUUUUAUUUUCUCCAGUUGAAUCGCUUUUCUUUCACUUUCACCAACAUUCACAAUGCCGCCAAAGAAAGGAAACAAGAAAAAAAAACAGGACGACUACUGGGAGAAUGAGUUUGAACAGGACCAGGAAGCUCUUGGUGUCACCAGUGCAGAACCCGCUCCCGAGGUCGAUAUUCCUCAACAUGUCCUUAAUGAGGAUGACGAUGAGGAUGGCGGUUUGAUGAGCAUGGUUGCAAAGGCCUCCAAGAAGCAACAGCCCAAGAAACAGGAACCAGUAAUCCCUGCUGACGAUAACCUUGAUGACUUUGGCGAGCCCGUAGUCAAGUUAAAGACCAAGAAGGAGAAGGAGCGUGAGAAGAAGGAGAAGGAAAAAGAAAAGAAGCGUCUUGCGGCUGAAAAGGCAAAGAAAGAAGCUUCCACCAAGAAACAGGAUGAGGAGACAACAUCUACAGAAGCCGCUCCUGCUUCCAAGCCUACUCCUGCUCCUGCUCCUGCUCCUGCCUCUGCCUCUGCUCCAACCCCUGCCCAAGAUGACGAGGAUGAUGAAGAUGAAGAUGACGCCGCCGGUGGAUCAAAAUCUAAAAAUAAAAAGAAAAAGAAAAAAGCUGCUGCUCCCAAGGAAGAGGUCAAGCCCAAGAAGAAGGGACCUGCAGGAUUGAAUGCUCUCAAGGCAAUGCUUGAGAAGCAGCGCGCCGAGGAAGAGGAAUUGCGUCGCAAAGAGGAGGAAGAGCGACUUAAGGAAGAAGAGAGAUUGCGCAAGAUCGAAGAAGAGGAAGCUGCCAAAGCUGCAGCAAAGGCCAGGAAAAAGGAAAAGGAGAAGGCUAAACUCGAACAGAAGCGAAAGGAAGGAACACUCUUAACAAAGGCGCAAAAGGAAGCCCAGGCUAAAGCUGCAUUGCGUAAGCAGCAGCUCCUAGAAUCUGGAGUCAUCGUUGAGGGUCUGGAGAAGGAUACCACUGAAAAGCCCAAAAAGGUUGUCUAUGGUAAGAAGAAGAAGAACAAUAAUCAACAACAACAACAGCAGCAGCAGCAGCAGCAGCAGUCUCAGACAUCACCACCCUCAUCACCAAAGACCACUGCUCCUGUCAAAGACGUUGCACCCGUCUCGGCCGCAGCCUCGGACAAGGACGAGGAUGAGGAAGCAGACAGCUGGGAAGCCGCAGCAGAGAAGGUUAAGGCACCUAGUCUUGAGGAUAAGGACGAAGGUGUCAAGGAGAGCUGGAGCCAGCCUAGUGAAGAGGAAGAUGACGUCAAGGAAAGCUGGGACCAAAGUAGUGAUGAGGAAAAAAAGAAGGAAGAGAAGAAGGCAAAAACUGUUACCCCCCCUGCGGCAAAGGCCACUCCAUCAAAGGCUACUUCAAUAAAGGCUGCCCCCGCCAAAGCUACCCCUACCAAGGGUGCUCCUGCAAAGGCCGCCUCUACAAAAAUUACACCCGCAAAGGGCGCUCCUACCAACAAGAAGGGUGCACCUGCCAACAAGCAGGUCGAAUCAGAAUCUUCAGAAGACUCUGAGGAUGAUGAAUCGGAAGGGGGCUCGGAUGACUCUUCAGAUUACUCGGACUCGGAUGAAGACUCGGAUUCAGAGCAGGAGACUUCGACCGCAAAGGCAGAGCGUAUUCGUAAGGAACAAGCUGCAGAGCGUAGAAAGGCUCGUAUUGCUGCUGCCAUGGCCGCUCGUUCAAAGGAUGAUUUGCGCUCACCUAUUUGCUGUAUUUUGGGACAUGUCGAUACUGGAAAGACAAAGUUACUGGACAAGAUUCGUCAAACUAACGUUCAGGAAGGUGAAGCUGGAGGAAUUACCCAGCAGAUUGGUGCUACUUAUUUCCCUCUGGAAACCAUCAAGGCCAAGACUGCGGUUUUGAACAAGGAUGGUUCCAAGGUCUACAAGCUUCCCGGUCUCUUGAUCAUUGAUACACCUGGACACGAGUCCUUCACGAACUUGCGUUCGCGUGGUUCCUCACUCUGCAACAUCGCCAUUUUAGUCGUUGAUAUCAUGCACGGUCUUGAGCCUCAGACACUUGAAUCCCUGAAAUUACUCCGUGACAGAAAGACACCCUUCAUUGUCGCCUUGAACAAAGUCGAUCGUCUCUUCGGCUGGAAAGCCAUCCCCGACAACUCCUUUGUGGAUUCGCUCUCACAGCAGUCAGUCUCUGUCCAGCGUGAGUUUGAGACUCGUAAAGACGCCGUCAUCACUGCCUUCCAGGAGAACGGAUUAAACGCCACACUUUAUUAUGAUAACAAGAACAUGGGCAAAUAUGUCUCGUUGGUCCCCACCUCAGCUCACACAGGGGAGGGUAUCCCCGACAUGAUCAUGUUGUUGGUAGAAUUGACACAGAACCGUAUGAGUGAAAGUCUCAUGUAUAUCUCGGAACUGGAAUGUACGGUUCUGGAAGUCAAGGUUAUUGAGGGUCUUGGAACCACGAUUGACGUUGUCUUAUCAAACGGUGUCCUCAGGGAAGGUGAUCGUAUUGUUGUCUGUGGUCUCAAUGGGGCAAUCGCCACAACCGUUCGUGCACUAUUGACACCACAACCCCUCAAAGAAUUACGUGUAAAGUCUGCAUAUGUCCAUCAUAAAGAGAUCAAGGCUGCAAUGGGUAUUAAGAUUGCCGCACCUGAUCUCGAAAAGGCCAUUGCAGGUUCUCGUUUGCUAGUUGUAGGCCCUGAUGAUGAUGAGGAUCAAUUGAAGGACGAGGUUAUGAGUGACCUCAAGACGCUGUUGACAUCUAUUGAUAAAUCGGGCCAAGGAGUCUGUGUACAAGCAUCCACUCUGGGAUCACUAGAAGCCUUGCUCGAGUUCUUGCGUGUUUCCAAGAUUCCAGUCUCGGGCAUCAAUAUUGGACCGGUUCAUAAGAAAGAUAUCAUGCGUGCCAGUACCAUGUUGGAAAAGUCCAAAGAAUUAGCUUGCCUGCUGUGUUUCGACGUCAAGGUCGAUAAGGAAGCAGAACAGAUGGCGGAAGAGAUGGGCAUCAAGAUUUUCAAGGCUGAUAUUAUUUAUCAUUUGUUUGACCAAUUCACAGCUUAUCAUAAGCAACUAACAGAGGAACGCCGUAAGGACCAGGCCCCUUCCGCAGUCUUCCCCUGUAUUCUCAAGAUGGUACCGGGUGCUAUCUUCAAUAAGAAGGAUCCUAUCAUUAUUGGUGUAGAUGUUGUAGAAGGUGUGAUGAAACAAGGUACCCCUCUUUGUGUUAUUAACGUGGAUCCAGAGACAAAGGCAAAGGAGAUUGUGUAUCUGGGCAAGAUUACAUCGAUGGAGCAGAAUCACAAGCAAGUCGAAGUAGUCAAGAAGGGAGGUUCGGGAGGAGGAGUGGCUAUCAAGAUCGAGUGUGCUGUCUACGAAAACGCAAAGACAUUCGGGCGACAUUUCAACGAACAAUCCGAGUUCUACUCGAUGAUCUCACGUGAAUCCAUCAAUAUCUUGAAGGAGUCCUUCCGUAAUGAUCUGAGCAAGGAGGAAUGGGCCUUGGUUGUCAAGCUCAAGGCAAAGCUAGACAUUGUUUAAUAGUUUUAAUUCAAAAGCAACAAAAAACAAUAAAAAACAAUUUUGCAUUUUGCCAC